AUGUCAAAUGAAAGUAUUGAAGUACCUAGCCAACCAGACAUUGAAUUAGAUAUAAUCGGUAUAUUAGAAACUGCGAUUAAAGCCCGUAACAAAAUUACAUGUAGUAAAGAUAUUUUACUACCUUCUGCAUUGGAUGAAACGGAAUUUAAAGAUAUUUUGUAUAAUAUGGAUAAAAAUAAACCUAUUAUUGCUCAAUCGAGAUUGUCGAAACACGUGCAAGAUAAUAAACAAUCAGUUCGUUCACUGAUAGAUAAUAUUAGCAAGCUGAAACAUAGUUCAGGUAAUAUAUUAGUAAUUUUUUUACUUUGCAAGCUAAGAAAAAGUUUUUACUUUCAGAUUUUGCAUGAAGUGUUUUCUAUUAACAUCUGUGGUUUAUCUAAAUUACAUAGCCGAGUCUCUCUAAAAUUAUUCAGCUCUUCUUUUUUUUUUUUCGGUUUUAAACUACUCAUUCUUAUGUCUGAAAUUGCUAGUUUAAGGUUUAGGAAGUUUAAGAAAAAGUAAAUGUACAUUUCAGUCUCUUUGUUUUUUAAUAUUUGUUUUGCCCUUCCCUACUAGGGGUAAAAAUUAAAAAUGGUCAAUUUAAUUUUAAACAAUUUCAUAAUUAGAAAGAACAGAAAUCAAAUUCACUUAAAAUCUUCUGAGAUAAUUGCUGGUUCAUGAUAUAAAAUCACUCUGUAUUUGAUUUAAGGAAGUUUUUUUUUUAUUUGUAGAACUAAAAAUGAAUUUUGCUAUUAAUGAUGAAAUAUAUGAAGAUGAUGAAUUAAAUCAAGCAAUGUCACAAAUGUGAUAAUAGUCAGAAAAAUUGCUUAAAGAUAUUAUUGAUACUCAAGUUAGGUUUAAUGAAUGUUUGAAUGAUAAUUCAGUGGUAGAUGAUGCAGAAGAUGAUUUAAAAAACUAUAUGAUUUUAAUACAACAAACAUGUGAAUUUAAUAGAGGUGUAGAAUCAUUAUUUAGUUGUGAUAAAAAAUUGCUACAGAAACAUGUCAAAAAAGAUUUGUCAAUUAGUGCUAUGAUGAAUUUAAUAAGUAAGUAACUACUAAUAUUAUUAAUUAAAACUUAAUUUUAAUUUCUACAUUAAUUCUUCUAUUUUCAUGGUUUUCAUCAACAUGCGUACUUGAAUUUCUCUACUCAAUAAUUUGAUCUUUGAAUAUUACUUUAUAUUUUCAUAUUGUAUUUCCAAACAUAAACUUUAAAAAUUCUGUUUUAGUCUCACUUUAAUAUAUUUUUCUCCAAAUUCCACUCUUCAAGUUUGCUUACUUGAUUGACACUUGUGUAGUCUCAUCUACAGAAACUGAGUUGUCUGUAAACAUCAUUCACUAGGAUGCUUUAUCAUGUACUUCUUUUAUAAGUUUCUUUCAAAUGUGGAAUGGAUAUUGAUUCUUUGUGAAUAUUUACUUCCACUGUAAUAAUAAUAUAUUUGCAUUCAACCCAUGAGAGGAUGGUUAGACGGAUCCUAUUUUUAGUUUGGUGAUUACUGAUUAUCUAAUGGUAUUAUUAUACAUAUUUGUUGGAUAUUUCCCAUACCUUUCGUACACAUGUACAAUAACAGUGUUAUGUGGUUUUCACAACAACAAAAGUUAUUUUAGGUCUUUGUGUUGUGGUCUCUGUAUAACUAGAAAUUAAUAUUAUUUGUUAAUUCUUCAAGGUUUCUAAUGAUUUGGCAUAAGGGGCAUUGAAUAUGGUUUGUACAAUUGCAAUGACCAAAUACAAAAUAUCACAAACAUUUAUUAGCUAUUCAAAAAUACAACAAAUCUUCUGCAGAACUGGAGAACUUCACAACUGUGCAAACAGAAAUAAUAGAUCCAUUUACCAGAAAAUUAAUCACUAAACCAGUAACUAAUAAACAAUGCAACCAUGUAUAUGAUGAAGAAUCAAUUGACUUGAUGUUUAAAAAUAAAUUAUUUGUAUGUUGUCCUCAUAUCGAUUUACGAAAAAAGAUCUCUUAUUCAAUGAAAAUAUUUAGCAUUUAA